CCUCGGUAACCGUAUAAUACAGCCCGCUCACGCCAGCUCACGCUAACAGAAGUUGCCAUCCAACACACCCGCCAAACGUUGUGACGUCAUUCUGAACACUUUAAGAAUGUUCUUGUUCCCGCCGCUCGUUCUUCACUUUCGUUCUCCUAUCUCGCGAUAUAGGAGACGGUUCGUUACGAUAAGACCCUGGUAAAAGGUAACAGGUACUUCUUGUAAUAUUCAAAUGACAAUUUUGGAUCUUCCGAAAAUGUUUGCCGAGUUUGAUCGAAAAUUGAUAAUUUUGACACCAUGAUACCAAAUUCUAUAGAAAUAAUUGUUUCUCGGCGAGGGAUGGCCACACUGGUACCAGCUGCAGUGUACGCGUAUGACUCAUGGGCUUUGACUGAAGUCACGUCCCUACGUCUAGAGGCUGUUUGAAAAUACAUAUUUUUGAGGAAUGUGUGUUUUUACUAUCGGUUGUUUUGCGUGGACUCACAUUUUCAUGGAUUCUACGGUGAAGAGGAAAACUUACUGAUUUUUGUUUGCUCUCUAGGUUAUGUAUUAAAGCUUGAUAAUUAAUUUGUUUUUGUAUUCAAACUGUCAUUGUGUUAAAAAGUUCCAAAAUGAAGAAAAUGACAGGCCAGUUCCGCGCCACAACCUGGGAUCCAUUACUCAUUGUGUCUCAAAUUGUAGCAAUGCAAUGUGUCAUGUAUGUUGGGUUGGGUUUAUGGAUGGUAGUGAUGGACACCCUUGUGGGAUCUUCUCGUUCCCUCGAUCAUCUGUUUAAAUACCAGGAAAUUCAUGUUCGUGAUGUGAAUGGUAAAUUAGUCAUCACUGCAUUUGUACUAAAUGCAUUAGUGGGGUAUGUCCUAUUGAAUUAGACAAUUUAUUUUAAUUUAUUUGUGAAUGAAUUAAUGAAUUUGAAAAUCUUUACAGAUCCCUGGGUCUUUGGUGUAUUGUGCAGAGAACAAAGCAAUGCUUGGAUUUCACAUGUACUGUUCAUUUAAUUCAUCUGUUUGUUUGUUGGUUCUAUAAUGCAAAUUUUCCCAAUGCUUUCUCUUGGUGGCUACUGAACAUUGCGUGUCUUGCCAUCAUGUGUGUGUGUGGUGAAUUUCUGUGCAUGCGGACCGAAUUGCAAGCCAUCCCUGUAAAUCUAGGCCCAAAAGUUGAUUUAUAGUAAACAAAAAAAGGAGAAUAACAUCUGUCUGUUGUGAAGUGUGAUAAUCAGAAUAUGGAAAGUAUCGCCAUGACUGUUAGCAGUCCUUUUGAAAAACUAUGAAUUGCAUUGAAAUUAAAAUGACUGAAAAUAAAUUCCGAAGAUGUUGGUUGAGAGUCAGGCCAAAGAAUUAAAAUUGUGUGAUAUCAGUACCAGUGUGCGAUUAUUGAAUUGACUGUUGAGUUGAACCAAUGGUGUUUAUUAUAUCAAAUACCAAAACUCAUUGUUUAAAAUAUAUUUAAAGUCCUUGGACUAUGUUGUUUUGAAUGAGGAUUUGUUAGUGAAGUAUUAUGUACAUAGAUGUGAUAAUUAUGAAUGGUUUAAAACUAGCUUGAUUCCAUUAUACAUAAAUAAUUAUAUUUGAAUGUGAAUGAAUUGCAUUGUAUUUUAAAUUUAAAUUAUUGUUUUUAGGUGCAUGUUCAGCAGAAAAGGUUGAUCGUUAAUAUAUAAGAUUAAAAAGCUUAAUAUAUAAGGUUUCAAGAUGAAAAAUAAAUUAUAUGAUGCAGGUUAGAUCGGAAUGAAAUUUACUUCCUGAGUUAGCAUGAAAUUACAUUGUUCAAAACAAAUAUUUAAAAUGCGCAUUAUAUUCAGAUUUCUGAAUGUUGUUCCUACUGCAUGUAACUUUGCAAAUGCACAAAUUUCAAGAAAAUAUUUGUACCCUUCACAAAAUUACGUGGUGAUUCCUAUAAAACCAACGAACUAAUAUCUAAAGUUUUUAAAGUUGGUGAGUGUAGCUGUUACGCAAAAAGUACAGCUUAAGCAGAAUAUAGUGAUUGUAAGCAUUUCAAUGAACUUCCAGCAAGCAACAUUAGUAUUCCAGAAUCAAUUACAAGGAAGACUAACACACUUAAAAAAUUAUAUAUCGUUGUCUUCUAUUGCUUGUUGUAACUUGAGCAAAUAAUCAUUAAGUACAAGGUUAUCAAUAUAAUUAUGCAUUAUGUUAAUCAGUAAAUUAAAAUGAAUCUGAUUAUUUUUUUGUACCACACUUAUCAGAAAAUACCAGCCUGUAAAUCUCUUAAAUUGGUGAGGUACAGUAAUUAAAAUAUUGAAAUUACAUUUGUUUAUCUACAAGUACUAAAUUGCAUAACUUCUUUAAAAUAUAUCACAAGUAUCUCCCUUAAAACUAAACAUCAUAAUUUCAAUUGUACUUUAAUGUAUUGACACAGCACCCUUGAUUUUGUAUCGUUUACUGUUAUUCUAAUACUGUAUCUUACAAGACAUGACAAUCGUCAUUCAGGAUCCUGUUUGAUUUAUAAUUUGCAAAUUUUUGCUGUAUGCAGAAUGAACCUAAGGUCAAGAAGGAGAGCAAGGGAUAUUUUUGCACAAAUUUUACAGAAAAAUCAAAUUCUAUUCUUUGAUUGAUUUUCUGUUGGAAUGCAAUUUUUGCCCCCUAGUGGAAAUGUUAUUACCGAAUAAAUGGUAGUUUAAGAAGUUGUUUUAUGUCUAAUUUUUUAAUUGUUUGAAAUUAGCUUAUUGACAGAUUUGAUAAGGAAACAAUAAAAAAAACACGUUUUUGCACGCAUCACGGUUCAUGAAACUAAGUUAUUUUAUUUGCCUCGUUUUAUCUAUUAUCUCUUUUAAAUUAAAUUUGCUACUAUUUUUGUAUAACAAAAAACAAACAAAUCUAUUAAAAUUUGUUAAUUUUCAUUGUGUACACAUGGAAAGUGAACACUUUAACAAAUUUUAAAUUUCUCAUGGAUCUUUAAACCACACUAUCUACUCUUAAGUGACAAGUAUGCUUUUGAUAAAGAAAAAGUAUAAAUCAUUCAACCUGCCUCAGGACUUUGUUCUCUGAAACAUGUGUUGGGAAUUAAUACUUAAUAAUUCAAUUAUGAGUUGCUUCCACCGGAGCACUGAAACUCAUAAUCAUCAAACUGGCAAAGCUCGUAUUAAAAGCACCACACAGCAUACCAAAAAACUUUUCUAGAAAUGUUCUGCUAGGAGCUAUAAUUUUGAUGUCGAAUCCAAUUAUAAAAACCCUCCUUUGGGGAUGCUCCCAGCACAAUUGUAGCCAAGAGCAAAAAGCGCAGGGUUUUAUUUUUAUUGCCAAUUGCUCCUAGCAUAUUGAGUUACUAAGUAACUAAUUUACAAAUUCCCAAGAAUGAAUCUAAUGCUGGUUUGUUUGGUGUAUUUUUCAAUGGCAGGGAUAGGUUGAAGAUAUGGGUGAGGUUUGUUAAAACAACAAAGCAUAAGUUUUCUCAUAGAGAAAAGGAUUUAAAGUAUUUCAAAAAAAAAAAUUAGUUUUUUGUACAGGUUCACCAUAAAAUGUAAAGUUAACAAAUCACAAACAAA